AAUCUAGUUACUGGAUGACACGAGUGAGACGGUUCCUUCUUGAGUGGACGGCAUGGGAAGGGUGAUGGAGAACGCUCUAUGAAAAAAACUACCUCUCGUAGUUCUGUAUAUGCUGCUCUCUGGAGUACCCAGCUUAACCUGUGCAUAAGGACAUCAGCGUGAUACUGAAAGCUUCCUCAUGGCAAACGAUGCGGAUAUAGCAGAGGUGGGGAGCAUUCUCGUCAACCCAAAGCAGGACCUGACAACGCGCUUUAGAGCACUUUUUACUCUCCGCAACCUCGGUGGACCAGAGGCUAUUACAUGGAUCAGUGAAGCUUUUGUGGAUGAAUCUGCACUUCUGAAGCAUGAGCUGGCAUACUGCCUCGGCCAAAUGCAAGAUGAGCGAGCAAUUCCUAUCCUAGAGACGGUCCUGAAAGACGCUAAUCAAGAGCCAAUGGUCAGACAUGAAGCAGGAGAAGCAUUGGGAGCCAUUGGAAAUCCCAAAGUCUUAAAUUUAUUGAAGAAAUAUGCAGAAGAUCCAGUAAUUGAGGUGGCAGAAACAUGUCAACUUGCAGUCCGGAGACUGGAGUGGCUCAUGAAUGGUGGGGAAAAGACAGCAGAGGGCACAGAUGAGAACCCCUACUGCUCUGUGGACCCCGCUCCCCCCGCCCCAAGGAAAAGUGUCCCGGAGCUGAGGGCUCAACUUUUAGACGAAAGCCUGUCGCUGUUUGACCGCUAUAGGGCUAUGUUUGCACUGAGGAAUCUUGGGACCGAAGAGGCUGUUCUGGCUCUUGGAGAUGGUCUUCAAUGCAGCAGUGCCUUAUUCCGCCAUGAAAUCGGUUACGUCUUGGGUCAGAUCCAACACGAGGCCAGCAUCCCUCAGCUGCAGGCAGCUUUGGAGAAAACGGAAGAGAACGCCAUGGUCAGACACGAGUGCGCAGAGGCGCUGGGCUCCAUCGGGAAGGAAGCGUGCUUACAGAUCCUAGAGCUCUACAGGAAGGACCAGGAGCGGGUGGUGAAGGAGAGCUGCGAGGUGGCACUGGACAUGCUGGAGUAUGAGAACAGCUCGCAGUUUCAGUAUGCGGACGGACUGCUUAGGCUGAAAACUCCUCAGUGAAACAUUUCCUGAAACGUGCUCAUGUUACACAGCUAAUCCGUAUUUUCGAAUGCGAAAAGCAUUUUGUGAAUGCUUGAAUAUUUUAUAAACGCUGCUUUUGGGGACAAAGCAAAAUAAAAGUAUAUGAAAAAACAGGAAUACAUUUACAUAAUAAAAGCAUUUAUUUGACCUCA